AUGCUUUCCAACACCCCAGCCCAUUCUCUCGCUUACCAUCACCCCGCCCCCUUCUUCCUCCUUCCAUCACCCCGCCCCAUUCUCCCUCCUUCCUUCACCCCGCCCCAUUCUCCCGCUUUCCAUCACCCUGCCCCAUUCUCCCGCUUUCCAUCACCACGCCCCAUUCUCCCGCUUUUCCAUCACCCCGCCCCAUUCUCCCUCCUUCCAUCACUCCGCCCCAUUCUCCCGCUUUCCAUCACCCCGCCCCAUUCUCCCGCUUUCCAUCACCCCGCCCCCUUCUCCCUCCUUCCAUCACCCCGCCCCAUUCUCCCUCCUUCCAUCACCCCGCCCCAUUCUCCCGCUUUCCAUCAGCCCGCCCCAUUCUCCCGCUUUCCAUCACCCCGCCCCUUUCUCCCGCUUUCCAUCUCCGUGCCCCAUUCUCCCGCUUUCCAUCACCCCGCCCCAUUCUCCCGCUUUCCAUCACCCCGCCCCAUUCUCCCGCUUCCCAUCAUCCCGCCCCAUUCUCCUGCUUUCUAUCACCCCGCCCCAUUCUCCCUCCUUCCAUCACCCCGCCCCAUUCUCCCGCUUUCCAUCACCCCGCCCCAUUCUCCCGCUUUCCACCACCCCGCCUCCUUCUCCCUCCUUCCAUCACCCCGCCCCAUUCUCCCUCCUUCCAUCACCCCGCCCCAUUCUCCCGCUUUCCAUCAGCCCGCCCCAUUCUCCCGCUUUCCAUCACCCCGCCCCUUUCUCCCGCUUUCCAUCUCCCUGCCCCAUUCUCCCGCUUUCCAUCACGCCGCCCCAUUCUCCCGCUUUCCAUCACCCCGCCCCAUUCUCCCGCUUCCCAUCAUCCCGCCCCAUUCCCCCGCUUUCCAUCACCCCUCCCCAUUCUCCCCUCUUCCAUCACCCCGCCCCAUUCUCCCGCUUUCCAUCACCCCGCCCCAUUCUCCCUCCUUCCAUCACCCCGCCCCAUUCUCCCUCCUUCCAUCACCCCGCCCCAUUCUCCCGCUUUCCAUCAUCCUGCCCCAUUCUCCCGCUUCCCAUAACCCCACCCCAUUCUCCCGCUUUCCAUCACCCCGCCACAAUCUUCCACUUUCCAUCACCCCGCCCCCUUCUCUCUCCUUCCAUCACCCCGCCCCAUUCUCCCGCUUUCCAUCAGCUCGCCCCAUUCUCCCGCUUUCCAUCUCCCCGCCCCAUUCUCCCGCUUUCCAUCACCCCGCCCCAUUCUCCCGCUUUCCAUCACCCCGCCCCAUUCUUCCGCUUCCCAUCAUCCCGCCCCAUUUCCCCGCUUUCCAUCACCCCUCCCCAUUCUCCCUCCUUCUAUCACCCCGCCCCAUUCUCUCACUUUCCAGCACCCCGCCCCAUUCUCCCGCUUUCCAUCACCCCGACCCAUUCUCCCGCUUUCCAUCACCCCGCCCCAUUCUCCCUCCUUCCAUCACCCCGCCCCAUUCUCCCUCAUUCCAUCACCCCGCUCCAUUCUCCCGCUUUCCAUCACCCCUCGCCAUUCUCCCGCUUCCCAUAACCCCACCCCAUUCUCCCGCUUUCCAUCACCCCGCCACAUUUUCCCACUUUCCAUCACCCCGCCCCCUUCUCUCUCCUUCCAUCACCCUGCCCCAUUCUCCCUCCUUCCAUCACCCUGCCCCAUUCUCCCGCUUUCCAUCACACCGCCCCAUUCUCCCGCUUUCCAUCACCCCGCCCCAUUCUCCCGCUUUUCAUCACCCCGCCCCAUUCUCCCGCUUUCCAACACCCCGGCCCAUUCUCUCGCUUUCCAUCACCCCGCCCCCUUCUUCCUACCCCAUUCACCCGCUUUCCAUCACCCGCCCCAUUCUCCCGCUUUCCAUCACCCCGCCCCAUUCUCCCACUUUCCAUCACCCCGCCCCAUUCUCCCGCUUUUCAUCACCCCGCCCCAUUCUCCCGCUUUCCAACACCCCGCCCCAUUCUCCCGCUUUCCAUCAUCCCGCCCCAUUCUCCCGCUUUCCAUCACCCCGCCCCAUUCUCCCUCCUUCCAUCACCCCGCCUCAUUCUCCUGCUUCCAUCACCCCGCCCCA